UCAAACAUUGCUGCUUCGAGUCUUCACUCUUGACAAAGCGAACCAGUUACCUUUCUUCUAGACGCUCUCUCUCAUUGCCUCUGUGGUUGGUGGCCCUUUCUCUUUCUCGACGCGCACGCACGCACGCACUCUCUCUCUCUCUCUCUCUUUUUCCUCUUCCUUCUUUCUUUCACCCGCUCUCUUUACAUGACUGGAUAUGAGACUAUAAAUAGGACAGUGGAACAAGAGAGGAGAGCAGCUCAAAACAUAAACCAGAAAAGGUCACCCUUCUCUCCCCAUCUUCUCUCCUUCUGAACUUCUGUCUCUGGUUUCUCUUUCUCUAACCAUGGAGGUGACCCACCAGAGUUCCUCAUUUGUGAAGCCAGAAACGAGCUUCAACAAAGAAAUCCCUCUUACCAUCUUCGACAAACAGGCCUCCGACCUCCACAUAGCGGUCCUCUUCGUCUACAACACACAGACGGCCAACAAUGCCAAGAUCAAGCAGGGCCUCGCCAAGGCCCUUGCCUACUUCCCCCAACUCGCAGGACGCCUCUCGGCCGACUCCCCCUCGAUCAUUCUCGACGACGAGUCCGGCGUACCCGUCUUCGAGACGACGGUCGCCGGAAAGCUGGAGGAGUUUCUCCCGCUGGAGCCCUGCCCUAGCCUGAACGAGUUGCACCCCUACCCGGAGGGCUCGAACCCACUUCUCAUGAUCCAGCUCAACAGGUUCGACUGCGGGGGGCUGAUCAUCGGCCUCAGCGCCAACCACCGGAUCGCCGACGGGCAGUCGAUGAGCAACUUCUUCGUGUCGUGGGCGCAGCUGGUGCGGGGCUUGGAACUCGAGCACCCACCGAUCCACGACCAGAGUCUGCUUGUCCCCAGGGAUCCUCCCACUUGCCAGUAUCCCCAUGAGCACACCGAGUUCUCUGAGGAACCACCCGUCGGCGACAAUGCGGACAUCGAGACGAUGGAAAACCUCAUUGUGAACUACUCGUGGGACUUCAUCAGGGAGCUGAAACAGAGGGCCAUGGAGGCCAGGCCAGGCCUCAAGCACAGCACCUUCGAGGUCAUUCUCUCCCAUGUGUGGAGGAAGGCCACCGUUGCCCGUGGGGUUCGGGACGACGAGGUCACCCGCGUGAGGGUGCUCGUCAAUGGACGGCCAAGGCUGGGCAUCCCACACGAGUACUUCGGCAACCUGGUCUUGGAAGCAUACCCAACCACCAAGGCUAAGGAGCUUGUGAAGGAGGGUGUAGGUUAUGGAGCAAGGUUAAUCAAGGAUGCAGUUGCAAGGCUUGGGAGGGAUUACUUCCAAUCGUUCAUUGAUUUUGGUGAGCUAAACAAGGACAAAGAGUUGGUGCCCUCACAAGAUGUAGAAGACAACUUCUUGGUCCCAGACUUGGAGGUAAACAGCUGGUUGGGCUUCCAAUUCCACGAGCUGGACAUGGGGGGAGGCGCACCCUGCGCCUUCAUGCCCUCAUGGAUCCCCAUGGAAGGCCUGGUCAUCAUCGUCCCUGCACCUUCACAAGAGAAGGGCAAGGGCGGCAUCAACGUCAUCGUGACGCUCUUCCGGGAGCACGCAGAAGCCUUCAGACAGAUAGCUCACAAUAUCGAGUGAUCAGAUCUCCUCCGACCAUGAGCUCAUUCCUAUAAUUAUUGUUAAUUUGUUGCUGUUGUUGUUGUUAUUAUCUUAAAGGUGUAAUAUCCUACGUGCAAGGCAAAGUUCUUUCUUUCUUUCUCUUCUUCUUGCCCUUAUUUAACAAGCAUUAAAUCAAUAAAGUGAUCUAAAAUUCUCUUUUCA